UCGGAUGAUUUUUUGGAGAUGGAAAUUUUCCCUCUCCACUGUGAACAAUAUCUGGUCGAUCAAAAAUAGGGAUCGCUGAAAGCGGUGUCACGCAACGGCAACGACUUCAUUGAACCUACCUUUGUGCAAAAAAAAAUCCGGUCCGAUUUGUUUUGGAAGUAAAAUUUUACCGUGGUGCGUACCUGUUGUGAAGAGAUUCCCUCGAAAAUUACAUCGCCCUGCAAAGCAAAAAGGGCGCUCUGGUUCGUUUGGGAUACGGCAAGUUUAUUCUGUGUGAUUUGUUACGGGUGGAGAUAAAGUUGCAACUAUUCUUUAAAGUGAAGUGUUACCACCAACGCGGUCAAUCAUGAGUGCAAUUCUUCGGAACCAAAGUCAGCUGUUAGGCAUGAACCGCUGCUACCGGAAUGUACAUCCUAACGCACGGGUACGAUUUGUCAGUUAUCGCACGAAAACACCAGUCGCUUUUAUAAGCGCCCAGUACGACAGCCUACUUCAGCCCUGUACCAUCUUCAGUGUAAAUUCCAACUGCAGGAGACCGGUUGGAGCGUGCAAUGGUGGCCUACCUUUGCUCGAUGCACUCGGAUAUGGCCGUGGCAGUGGGACACUGUCGCCGCAAAUUAUCAGAUGCAUUUCCACCACAAGUUGGCUUCAAGAUCAACCAUCCUCCAAGGUUGAAGUCACGGUACAAACGUUAAAGAAGAAAGAAAAAGAGCAACAGCAGCAACAGCAGCUUGCUAACGGUGCAGUGAAUGGAGUUCCAGUUGGAGCUGCAGUAACGACAGGAACAUCAGCGCCAGCAUCAUCCACAAAUGUGCUGUCCGACAGUGCGACAGUUAUGGGUGCACCUAGCGCUACCACAGGUAGCAGCCCUGCUACAAACACAGAGCAACAACAAACACCGCCGGCAGCCGCCGUCGUAGCUGCCGCUCCGGUUGUGAAGAAAACGCUCCAACAGCGUAUAUGGGCUGAACUGGUGCACUACUACCACGGGUUCCGGUUACUGUUCAUCGACAUUAACAUUAGCCGGAAGUUGCUGUGGCGUGUACUUAACGGGAAAACGUUGACUCGCCGCGAGCACAAACUACUCAUCCGGACGACCUCCGAUCUGUUCCGGCUGGUACCGUUCUCGGUGUUUAUUAUCGUACCGUUUAUGGAGUUGCUGUUGCCGCUCGCGAUCAAGCUGUUCCCGGGCAUGUUGCCCUCCACCUUCCAAACCGCCACCGAGCGGGAGGACAAAAUUAAGCAAAACCUCAAGGUGAAGAUCGAGAUGGCCAAGUUCCUGCAGAAAACGCUGGACGAUAUGGCGGUACAGAACAAGGAGCAUCGGUCGCAGGCGGCCAAAGACUUCAGUGAAUUUUUCACGCGCAUCCGUACGACGGAAAACUUUACCAUUUCGAACGAGGAAAUAUUGAAAUUUUCCAAACUGUUUGAGGAUGAAAUCACGCUUGAUUCGUUAACCCGCCAGCAGCUGCAGGCACUGUGCCGCGUACUCGAGGUGUCCCCGAUAGGCACGUCCAACCUGCUACGUUUCCAGCUACGGCUUAAGCUACGCAAUCUGGCGGCAGAUGAUCGCACCAUCCAGAAGGAAGGUAUCGAAUCGCUUAAUCUAUCCGAGUUACAGGCGGCUUGCCGGGCGCGUGGUAUGCGUGCGUACGGUGCCUCGGAGGAACGGCUGAAAUCGCAGCUUCAGGAGUGGAUUAAUCUGAGCCUGAACGAAAAGGUUCCACCCUCGUUGCUGCUGCUGUCCCGCGCGCUGGUACUGCCGGAGAACAUUACCACGAGUGACAAACUGAAGGCAACGAUCUCCUCGCUGCCCGACUCGGUGGCGACCGUUACGAAGGCGGCCAUCGGUGAACGGGAGGGUAAGAUCGACAACAAGACGAAGAUAGAGGUGAUUAAAGAGGAGGAACGCAAGAUCAAAGAAGAGCGCGAAGAGGAGAAAGAAAAACAAAAGGAACAACAGGAGCUGGUCGAUGGUGCUCCGGUGCUGACGGCCGAUGGCAAGAUGGCCACGGAACCGACGAGCACGACGACAGUACCGGAGCAGCCGGAAAUCAUUUUCGCUCCCGCACCGUCCCGUACGAUCGUGCUCGACCAGAUACCGCCGCAACCACAUACGGUGCCGGAGAUCUCGAGCAAGGAUCUGGAGGUGCUAGGCGAUGCGCUCGGCACGCUGAGCAAGGAUAAGAAAUCGUUGCUGGUCGAGAAGGAAGAGAUAAGGGACCUGAAGGAAGAGAUUGCCGACUAUCAGGAGGAUGUGCAAGAACUACAAGAGGUUGUCACUGCCGCUCGCAAUCAGGAGGAAGUACAGGUGAAGGAAUCGCGUGCCGCGAAGUUGCUGUUCCGAAAGGUUAACUCGAUGAUCAACCGAAUGGACACCGUGAUGACAGAGUUGGAGCGUAAGGAGAAGCAACUGAAGGAGAAGAUGCAUGCGGCUGAGCAGAGUGAAGAGUUACAGAAACCUCAGGCAGCGGAUGAGGAACUGGUGCGGAUAGACGAGCUAAUGUCCGCAAUUAAAAAGAUCCAAAAUGUUACCGAUGAUUCGCGGUUAGACCAAAUUUCAAAAAUACUCGGCAAAAUCGAUGACGAUCAGGAUGGUCAAAUUAAGGUGGAGGAUGUGCUGAAGGUUAUUGAAACGAUUGGCAAAGAGAACGUUAAGCUAAACGCGAAGCAGGUGGACGAACUGAUCGAUUUGCUCGACAAGGAGGAAGAGCUCGAGGCGGAGGACAAAAUCGAGAAGGCACUCACCAAGAGCCUGGAAGCCAAAGAGAAGCAAAAGGAGCAAAAGGAAAAGGAGAAGGAAAAAUUGCUCGAGCUUACGGAUAAGGCGACGGAUUUGAGUGCUCUGGCAUCACCGCCAAGCCCAACAACGAAGCAGCAGCUCGACGACGGUACAACGAUUAUCGAUGCGGACGCACUGCAAAAGGUUGUGGAGGAACGUAAGAAAAACGCCAGUAUUAAUGGAACCGGUGGAGGAUCAUCGGCGGCGGGAUCGACAGGAGCAGCAGGCAGCACCGAAGUAGUAGUACCACCUCCGACAGCGACACAGCAUCCGACCCGGCCCGACACGAGCGCCGGUGCACCCAAGGACAAAAUGAUUUGAAUAGGAUAUGGCGCGCUUUUUAGUACCACUCCGUCAGGCUGUGCUUCUUCUUGCUACUGUAGCAAACGACAUUCUGUAAGAAAACCUGUUUGUGAAGCCUUCUUUGAAAGAAGCUCCAUUCUCGAACGCAAAACACGGGGAAAACCCCUAAUGAAUAGAAAGUGUGAAAAGCACGACAAAUAAGAUUUUAUGACCUCACAAAACCAAAAACGCAAAACAAAACCAGUGAAGAUUGGAAAUGCAAUAUACACCUUUCCUGCCUUGCAAAUAAUACUACUAGCCUGCUUAAUUCCGCUCGUUGUGCGUUCCAGGGCAUGAUUCCACAAGCGAAGCGAUCUGAAUCGAUCUAUUAAGAUGAUGAGGUCCUGCUGAUUGGCCCGAUGUGCAUGCACAACGUUGCCUAUUGUUUGUAUGUUUUACUUUACUUUUUUCCCUCUACAUACUUUGCGCGUUCCCGCGUCACGGAAAAUACUUACGUCGAACGUUGGUCGUUGAAAAUGUGUCUGCAGCAGAAUACAAUAACGACAAUGACCAACCCCACCACGGACGGACAACUACGAAGUGAUGAGAUUGAUGGUGAUGGUAGAUUCCAUUUCAACAAAUGGUGCUGUAAGAAAGCAAAAUGGGUUACAAAACCAACAAAUUUAAUGUGUAAUAAAAACGAACGAUCGCAUAAAUAAGUCAAAUUGUACAAUAAAAGAAAAAGGAUAAUUUAUUAGGAAUGUUGACGCGGUACA